UUUUUUAAUUUUGGUUAUAAGCAGAUAAGGUUUUGUUGGUCUGACGCUCUGAGCUCAAUUUCUUCUUCUUCUUCUUCUUUUCAGGAUAGCCAUGGCCGAAGCUUCCAGAGUCCUCCACAAUACCCUCAUCCCCUGUUUCUCUCACUACCCUUCACGGCGCAAACAUCUUCCUUCCGCCCUUCAUCAAUCUCAUACGGUAUAUCGGAGAGACCACCCUGUUCGCUGCUCAAUCUCUAGCACGAGUGAAUCCGCCAGAAUCCAGAAGAUACCGUGGGGCUGCGACAGCGACUCGUCGGAGAACGCGUCCGCCCUGCAGAAAUGGCUGGCGGAGUCGGGUCUUCCUCCCCAGAAGAUGGCCAUAGACAGAGUCCAAGUUGGAGAGAGAGGCCUCGUUGCUCUCAAGAACAUUCGGAAGCGGGAAAAAUUGCUCUUUGUGCCUCCGUCACUGUUCAUCACUGCAGACUCCAAGUGGAGCUGUCCAGAGGCUGGUGAAGUCCUGAAACAGAUAUCUGUACCUGACUGGCCAUUGCUUGCAACUUACCUAAUAAGUGAAGCAAGUCUCAUGAAAUCUUCUAGAUGGAGCAAUUAUAUCUCAGCUUUACCUCAACAGCCCUAUUCCCUCUUGUAUUGGACGCGUUCAGAAUUGGACAGAUAUCUAGAAGCCUCACAGAUUAGAGAGCGGGCAAUUGAAAGGAUUACUGAUGUUGCUGGAACAUACAAUGAUUUAAGGGUUAGGAUAUUUUCCAAGCAUCCUCAUUUAUUCCCUGAAGAGGUAUUUAAUAUUGAGACUUUCAAAUGGUCAUUUGGCAUUCUUUUCUCACGCUUGGUUCGGUUACCAUCAAUGGAUGGUAGAGUUGCUUUGGUUCCCUGGGCAGAUAUGCUGAAUCAUAGUUGUGAGGUGGAAACUUUUUUAGAUUAUGAUAAAUCAUCCCAAGGCGUCGUUUUUACAACUGAUCGACCAUACCAGCCAGGUGAGCAGGUUUUUAUAUCGUAUGGCAAGAAAUCUAAUGGAGAAUUAUUGCUAUCAUAUGGAUUUGUUCCAAGGGAAGGCACAAACCCUAGUGAUUCAGUUGAGUUGGCAUUGUCAAUUAAAAAGUCUGAUAAAUGUUAUAAGGAGAAGAUGGAAUCUCUGAGAAAGCAUGGAUUGUCAAUCAGUGUUCAAUGCUUUCCUUUACGAAUCACUGGUUGGCCAUCUGAGUUAAUAGCAUAUGCUUAUUUGGCUGUUAGCCCACCAAGUAUGAACAGACAGUUUGAAGAGAUUGCUGCUGCAGCAUCAAAUAAAGCAACAUCCAAGAAGGAUGUAAGAUAUCCUGAAUUAGAGGAAAAAGCACUGCAAUUCAUAUUGGACAACUGUGAAUCAAGCAUUUCAAAGUACACCAAAUUCCUGCAGGAAAGUGGGUCAAUGGACUUGGAUGUGACAUCUCCAAAGCAACUCAACAGAAAAUUAUUUUUGAAACAGCUGGCAGUAGACUUGUGUACUAGUGAGCGGAGGAUACUAUUUCGUACUCAAUAUAUAUUAAGGAGGAGAUUAAGGGAUAUAAGGAGUGGUGAAUUGAGAGCUCUCAGAAUAUUUGACCGUUUCACAAAUCUUUUUAAAUGAGUAGCUUAGAAAUUGAUCUAUACUAUGCUUUUUAGAUGAAUGCAUCUCCAGAUGGUUUUAUUGAGCAAGUUCUGCUUGAGAAAUCAUAUUAAUGAUUUAGAAGUUGUAAUAUCCGUGGAUUAUAAAUGUAUCCCAUUGACAAGUUCUUACAACUGGGUCCUCGCCAUUGUGCACUGCAUUUGAACAA